UAGCUUUACUGCCAACUCUGAGUUGGCAGUUCAUCUUGUAAUCGGAAGGUUGCCGGUUUGAGCCCCGGCUCGGACAGUCUCGGUCGUUGUGUCCUUGGGCAAGACACUUCACCCGUUGCCUACUGGUGGUGGUCAGAGGGCCCGGUGGCACCAGUGUCCGGCAGCCUCGCCUCUGUCAGUGCGCCCCAGGGCAGCUGUGGCUACAAUGUAGCUUGUCAUCACCAGUAGUAAAGCGCUUUGGGGUCCUUAGGGACUAAGCAAAGCGCUAUACAAAUACAGGCCAUUUACCAUUUACUCUUGUCACAUGUUUUAAAGAUGGCGCAAGCGAUGUCGUCACACAUCACAGCGUGUCUGUAUGUAUUUGUAAUCUGCACUGCAGGAGCUUAUGUGAGGAAACUAAAGCCCAUAAUCCAGUGUGAGCCUUGUUCUGCAGCAGUGUCAAUGGACUGAUGAAGACACCUAUGAGAGAAGAGUGAAUGUGGGUGAAGAAACUGCUGCUACUUUUAACUUCCUAAAUCAGAAAAAGAGGAGGAGGUCACUCCCGAACCAGAGGAACAAUCCGACGACAGCAGUGAAGACGAGGCUGCAGGAGACACAGACAUGGACUUCCUGCGCAACCUCUUCUCCAGCGCGCUGGGCCUCGGUUCAGCUGAGAAAGUCCUGGAUGAGCUGACUCUGGAUGGAGUGGCACGAUACAUAAACAGCGGCAAAUGUAAAAACAUCAUCUGCAUGGUUGGAGCAGGAAUAUCCACAUCUGCUGGAAUCCCAGAUUUUCGCUCUCCAGGAACUGGCCUGUAUGCAAACCUGCAAAAAUACAACUUGCCUUACCCAGAGGCUAUUUUCCAGAUAGAUUACUUUAAGAAACAUCCAGAGCCAUUCUUUGCCUUGGCAAGGGAGCUUUACCCAGGACAAUUUAAGCCAACAAUCUGUCACUAUUUCAUGAAGAUGUUGAAAGACAAGGGCAUCCUGAGACGCUGCUACACACAGAAUAUCGACACGCUGGAGCGAGUAGCCGGGCUCGAAGGAGAUGACCUAAUCGAAGCUCACGGGACGUUCUACACGUCACACUGUGUCAGCUUCUGCUGCCGCAAGGAGUACAGCCUGGAGUGGAUGAAAGAGAAAAUCUUUUCUGACGACAUUCCCAAAUGUGACAAGUGCAGCAGUUUGGUUAAACCAGAUAUUGUCUUCUUUGGAGAGAACCUACCUGCCCGAUUCUUCACUUCAAUGAAGAUGGAUUUUCCUCGUUGCGACCUUCUCAUCGUUAUGGGGACAUCCCUUCAGGUCCAACCAUUUGCGAGUCUAGUCAGCAGGGUUUCAAAAAGUUGCCCCAGACUGCUCAUUAACAUGGAGAAAGCAGGGCAGGUUAAUCCCAUGAUGGGCUUGUUUGGUUUCGGAGAAGGGAUGGACUUUGACUCAGACAAGGCUUACAGAGAUGUAGCUCACAUUAGUACUUGUGAUGAUGGAUGUUUGGCUCUAGCUGAUCUUCUGGGAUGGAAGGCAGAGCUGGAAGAGCUGGUGAAGAAGGAGCACACCAAGAUCGACAGUCAGGAUGCAAAAGAGAAGGCCAGUGAAAACAAAGGAGCGACAGCCAAGGCGAGCUCUGCAUCAGGGCCACCAGAACCCAAAGCUGAGGAGUAACCAAUAAAAAGCUCCCUGAUUAAAUGAAGCUACUGUGGUGAUGUCACAGAUUGAAGUUGACCCAAGAAGUCGCAUCAUGAUACUACUCGGGGGGUUACCUGGAAGCGAUGCUGUGGUGGACUUUCUGACACCUUGGUGUUUUACACAUCUGUUUAUAUCAGUCAUUUGCACUUUUUUUUUUUUUUUCAGCUUUUCAGCUUUUUUUUUUUUUAACUCAGUCUAAACUGUUUAUCGCUUUCUCUGUGGACCAGCAGAUUUUAUGUUGCACCAGAACCUAUUGUUCAUUUACCUAUAUUGCAGCAGCAUAUAGCGUGCCCAUGUGCGUUGUGGUUAAUGUCUCUAAAACAGGCGCCAUUGCACUUCACAGUGGCUCAGACGAAUAUGCAAACCAGCAACUGAACAUGUGAUAUUUUGUUUCUUCAAAAAUGAUCUUUUCUGUGAAGAUAAGCGGGCUAUUUUAGGUGCUGUGUCGUUUCCUUCAAGCCAAAACCUGCUGUGCUGAUAACUUUCCUACUAACAAAAUUAACUUCCUGAUAAUGACAGCAGUUGGGCACAUGGCUCUUCUAAAAUGUCUCAAUUUGUAAUUUACCGUGUUUUUCAUGUUCCUCUCAUGUUUAAUUUCUUUUUAAUGAUGUUUAAAAAAAAAAAAAAAAGCAAUGUAAAAAAUGCAAAAGAAAGUCUAAACCUAAGUUAAUUUUGGGGCAUGAGAAGAUCUGGUUUUAUUGUAAACUUGUGUGAUCAUGAAUUGAUUUGUGGGUUUAAAAAUACUCGGGUGGAUGCAAUAACAUUAACAUCUGUACAAUGUUACAGGAACCAGUGCAACCCCCUGCAAUAAAUUUUACCUUUUCAAAGCUGA